AUGGCCGCCAGACAUUAUGCCAGUCGCCUAUCACGACAAAUAAACUUCAAGUCGCGGUCAGCAGCCCUCCCCUCUCAACCUCGGUUAUGGCAACAAGCACCUUUCAACCAUGGAAGAAGGCACUUUUCUGCGACUGGGAAAUGCAGGAUCAUGGAGACGAGCUGCUUCACUGAGGAGCAAAUGACCGUGCGCGAGGCUAUCCAGAAGAUCUGUGCUCAAUUUCCGAAUGAAUACUGGCAACAGCAUGACCAAACUGAGACCGAUCCUAAGGAAUUGCAUGCUGCUUUGGCAGCUGACGGGUGGCUUGGUAUUGCUCUUCCAGAAGAAUUCGGAGGCGCAGGGCUGGGCAUCUCCGAAGCUACCAUGAUGAUGCAGACAAUAUCUCAGUCCGGGGCAGGCAUGGCGGGUGCUCAGUCUAUCCAUGGUAACGUCUAUGCGACGCAACCGCUUGCCAAGUUUGGAAACAAGGAACAACUACAUUCUACGAUACCGAACAUCAUCAACGGUAAAUGGAGAGUAUGCUUCGGUGUGACUGAGCCAAAUACCGGGCUGGACACGUUGAGGUUAAAGACCACGGCCACACGGAAAGGUGACAAAUACAUCAUCACUGGACAAAAGAUCUGGAUCACGUGUGCACAGGUCGCUUCGAAGAUGAUCCUCCUGGCUCGGACAACACCUUUGGAAAACGUUAAGAAGCCGAGCGAAGGGCUAUCCAUGUUCUGUAUCGAUAUUGACAGAUCCAACCCAGCCCUUGAGCUCAAACGAAUCAAGAAGAUGGGAGGAAGAGCUGUCGAUGCCAAUGAAGUCUUUUUCGAUCACUACGAGAUACCGGAGGACACUCUUAUUGGAGAAGAGGGGCAAGGGUUCAAGAUCAUAUUGCAUGGAAUGAACGCUGAAAGAUGUCUCUUAGCGGGAGAGGCGCUCGGACUUGGCUAUGCAGCGGUUGAGAAGGCUGCGCAGUAUGCUAAGGAGAGAGUGGUUUUCGGCAGACCCAUUGGAAAGAAUCAAGCCAUUGCACAUCCCCUGGCUGACGCGUACAUGAACCUGGAAGCCGCCAAGUUAGCUGCCUACCAUGCAGCUCGGUUAUACGAUCGAAGCAAAAUCGAUACCACCAUCAGCCCUCAUGCGGUCGGAGUUGCAUGCAACAGUGCGAAAUAUCUGGCGGCAGAGGCAGCUUUCAAGGCUUGUGAAAGAGCCGUCAUGAGCCACGGCGGUAUGGGAUAUGCCAUGGAAUAUGAUGUGGAGAGAUAUUUGAGGGAAAUAUUUGUCCCCAGGAUCGCCCCAAUCAGUCGAGAGAUGAUUCUGAACUUUGUGAGCGAAAAAGUACUGGAGCUGCCUAGGAGUUAUUGA